GCCCGCGAGUUCGUUCGUGGAGGAUGAACAGCCGCCUCCAGGAGAUCCGAGAGCGGCAGAAAUUGCGCCGGCAGCUCUUGGCUCAGCAGUUGGGGGCGGAAAGUGCUGAUAGCAUUGGUGCAGUAUUGAAUAGCAAAGAUGAGCAACGGGAGAUUGCUGAAACAAGAGAAACAUGCAGGGCUGCUUAUGAUACCUCUGCGCCAAAUGCCAAACGCAAAUUUCCAGAUGAGGGGGAACCCGAUGAAGAAGAAAUAGAAGAAUAUAAGGAUGAAGUAGAGCUGCAGCAAGAGGAUGAGAACCUGCCCUAUGAAGAAGAAAUUUACAAGGAUUCCAGCACAUUUCUUAAGGGGACUCAGAGUUUAAAUCCUCACAAUGAUUACUGUCAGCACUUUGUGGAUACCGGACACAGACCCCAGAACUUUAUCAGAGAUGUGGGCUUAGCUGACAGGUUUGAAGAAUAUCCGAAACUCAGGGAGCUCAUCAGGCUAAAGGAUGAGCUCAUAUCUAAAUCUAACACUCCCCCUAUGUAUUUACAAGCUGACCUGGAGGCUUUUGAUGUCCGUGAGCUAAAGUCUAAGUUUGAUGUGAUCCUUUUGGAACCACCACUAGAAGAGUACUACAGAGAGACGGGCAUCACAGCUAAUGAGAAGUGCUGGACUUGGGAUGAGAUUAUGAAGCUGGACAUUGAAGAAAUUGCUUCCUUGAGAUCCUUUGUCUUCCUCUGGUGUGGUUCUGGCGAGGGUCUGGAUCUUGGCAGAAUGUGCUUGCGCAAAUGGGGUUAUAGAAGAUGUGAAGAUAUCUGUUGGAUUAAAACCAAUAAAAACAAUCCCGGGAAGACCAAAACUCUAGACCCAAAGGCUGUCUUUCAACGAACAAAGGAACAUUGCCUUAUGGGCAUUAAAGGAACAGUCCGCCGAAGUACUGAUGGAGACUUUAUCCAUGCUAAUGUUGACAUUGAUUUGAUUAUCACGGAAGAGCCUGAAAUUGGCAACAUAGAGAAACCGGUAGAAAUAUUUCACAUUAUUGAACAUUUUUGUCUUGGAAGAAGACGCCUUCAUCUCUUUGGACGGGAUAGUACGAUUCGACCAGGUUGGCUAACCGUGGGACCAACGCUCACAAACAGUAACUUCAAUGUAGAAACGUAUACAUCCUAUUUCACACCUCCGAAUUCUCACCUAACUGGCUGUACAGAAGAAAUUGAGAGACUCAGACCUAAAUCUCCACCCCCAAAAGACCGAGGAGGUGGAGCGCCAAGGGGCGGAGGAAGAGGCGGAACUUCAGCUGGCCGAGGAGAAAGAGGCAGAGAGAGAAAUCGAACUAAUUUCCGGGGGGAAAGAGGUGGAUUCCGGGGAGGAAGGGGAGGUACACACCGAGGAGGCUUUCCUCCUCGUUGAACAUAUCCAAGUA